AAGUGAGCGAGUGAGUGCGGCCAGCGUAAGCGGAUCACAGAUCACAUUUAUAAAAGCAUUGCGUUGGCUGGCGAUACAAAUCAGUCGGUUUAAGAACGUUUCUGCAAGGAGAACCAACAACGGUCCGUUGUAACCCGUGUGAACGCAUACCGAACGCACUUUGUUUUUGUGUUGUUAGUAGUAGUAGUAGUGUUUAAUUCAUUUUCCUGUUUUGUGAGCAUAUUGAACAAAGAAAAAAGUUUUUCUCCGAGUUUUUUUAUAUCUGAGGAGGAAAAUACCACCACGAAGUACCGAUUCUGUGAUUUUUUUUUUCGAUGUCAUUUUGAUGUGACUUCAUCCAGAUAAAAAAAAUAAAUUUUUGGCCGCUGGAUAUCAUCAACUUAGCAGCUACCACGACGACAACAUUGUGUGUGCUGUAAUUCCAAUCCAACUCUGCCCACCCUACCAACCCGCCCGCCUAACCAUCAGUUUUAUACAACACUUUUCUGUGAUUUUCAUGAGGAGCUGAACCACAAGAAAAAACGACGACGACGACGUGCGUGUGUUACGGAAUUUCGUCGUUAUAGAACAACCAAAAUAUUUCAACAAAAUUUUAUAAAAAAAAAUCGGUUUUUUGCCGUUGUUGUUGUUGUCAAAGUGUUAAAAAUAAAUUUUUCGUAUCAAAAAAAUAUUUUUUUUUUCUGAAAUCCAAAUGAAACAAGCAUGAAUUUGUGUUAACUGUUAAAACAACACAAACAACUACUUGAGUGAAGAUAAUUUUGGAAAACAAAAAUAUGAAAAUUUAACAAAGACUCCAAGAAAUAAUAUUUCGUUGGCCAAUACAACGAAAUACCACCUAUCUACCGUCAGAGUUCAAACCUCAACUUUCAUCAGCCAAUUAAACACCCGCCCACCUCAAACUUCAAAAGAAUUCCUGCAAAAUGUCACAACCAAAGGCAAAUUUGGUCAAAAAUCGUCGCUUCGACGAAGGACCCCUUAUCGGCAGUCGGCAUGUGCAAUGUUUCUUGUGCUUCUGUUGUCUCUCCCUGUGCUAUGCCCUGAGAGUGAAUUUAAGUGUGGCCAUUGUGGCCAUGACGGAUACCAACUCAACCGACAGCGAUUUUGUGACCUAUGAAUGGGACACUAGUACCAGAUCGUUUCUGCUGAGCAGUUUCUUUUGGGGUUAUAUUGUGACACAAAUUCCCGGUGGUCACAUUGCCCAGAAAUAUGGUGCCAAAACAUUGCUGCUGAUUGGUGUAACUCUAUGCUCAGUUUUGACCAUUUUAACUCCCUUGGCAGCUGACAUUGGAGGCUGGCAAUUGUUGUUUGCCUUGCGUGUCAUUCAGGGAUUACUUCAGGGUUCAGUGCAUCCUGCAACGCAUGCCAUGUUAGCCAAAUGGUCGCCGGUUGAGGAACGUGGCACCUUGGGUACCUUCUGUUAUUCGGGAUCUCAAUUUGGCACCGUUGUUAUGUUGGCUGUUAGUGGUUACAUUGCUGACUCUGCCCUGGGUUGGCCUGGAAUUUUCUACAUCUCUGGAGCCAUGGGUUUUGUUUGGGCCAUAUGUUGGUUCUUCUUUGCCGCCAGUACACCGGCCGAACACAAAAGCAUCUCACCCGAGGAAAAGAAAAUGAUUGAGAACUCCUUGGGCCAGGUGGAUAGUACACCAAAGGUCAAUGCUCCAACGCCAUGGGUGAAGAUUUUCACCUCACCCCCCUUCAUUUCGUUGAUUGUGGUGCACUGCACGCACAUGUGGGGCUUCUGGACACUGCUGACUCAAAUCCCCAGCUACAUGAAGGAUAUCAUGGGUAUUGAUAUAAAGAGUAGUGCCCUGCUGUCAUCCCUUCCCUAUGCCGUGAUGUUGGUGCUGUCCUUCUUCUUUAUCUACCUCUCGAAGCUGUUGAGCAAGAAGCAAAGCAUUUCACUGUCCUUUAGCCGGAAAUUCUUUAACUCAAUUGGUCAUUGGAUUCCUAUGAUUUCAUUGAUUGCCUUGGGCUAUGUUACCAAAGAGCAUGCCACAUUGGCGGUGGUAUUGCUGACACUGACUGUGGGUAUUAGUGCGGCCACAUAUCUGGGUUUCCAGGUGAAUCACAUUGAUUUGUCACCCAACUAUGCGGGUACCUUGAUGGGUAUCACCAAUGGUUCGGCCAAUGUGAUGAGUGCCUUGGCCCCACUUUGUGUGGGUAUGGUGGUGACUGAUGGGACAAAUGUCAAUGAAUGGCGUAUGGUGUUCUUCAUUGCCGCUGGCUUCUAUUUCUUUGGCAAUUUGCUAUUUGUGAUCCUGGGCAAGACCAAUGUCCAAAGUUGGAACUCACCCGAAGAUGCCUUGGCCAAACGCCUGAGCAUUAUUAUUGAUCCUGAAACUCCUGCUCUGCUGCUGAAUGGUGGUGGUGAAGUGAAACCUGUCAUCAAGGAGAAUGGCAAUCAAUAACCCUUGUUGGUGCAAGGAAGUGUACCAAAUCAUCACUCCAUAUUUAUAAUAAUCCCACCAUCAACCACACCAUCAUCAAGAAGCCACAGCAACCGAAUCAUCGCCCCACAAACAGCCACAAGUUACCAUCAUACCUGUAUAUGAAUAAGCGUACUGAAGACCUCCUUAAUGUUUAAGACUAGUUAAAGAAAAAAACAGAAAUUUAAUUAAUUAAUUUUUAGUAAUUAUUGAAAAAAAUUAAUACAAAAUAAGGAAAAAUACAUUUUUUAUAUUUUAUUUGCGUGCAUAUUUUUAGUUUAUAAGCAUUGCAUAGAUUUGUAAGCGUAAACAAUGUGUGAAAUACCCCUGUGCAAAUGAUUUUUUUACGGAAUAGAUUUGCAUUUUUUUAAGAGAAAUUCUAAACGAUUUUAAACACAGAGAUAUUUGAAAAAAGGCAUUUAGAAAAAUUAUUUGUUGAUUUUAUUUUUUAUACAAGAAAAAAAACACCGAAAACAAAUUGAGCUUCCAUUAGUUUUAAUUAAAAAUAAAAUAUAAUUCUGGUUUUUAUUUUGCCACCUCAAUAAAUAAAAAUAUCAGUAUUUAAGUUACUGAGACUAAACUACAGACCAAAUAGAAAAAAAUCCUUCUUAAAUUCAAGCAGCUCAUCAAAUCAAUAUUCUGUUUUGUAUCUAUUUUUGUAUCUAUAUUCUGUAUCUAUUUUUUUGACUUCAAAAUAUGCCUUUUGUACUUUAAUUAUUGUAUAAUUUAUGUAUAUACACAUAUCUAUCUAUUCUACACAUAGAAAUAUAGCUUUGUGCCUUAAUUGUUAAGUAAAUUAUUUAAAAAAUACAUACAUGAAAAAUUAUAAA